GUGUCGCCACUGCAAAGUGCACCGCCGUGCUGCGGAUGGGCAUGCAUAUAAGACUACGCCCUCUCUGUCUACUUGGCCGCAGUUUACGACCGAGUGUACGAACCCCAUCUCUUCACGACCGCCACACUCGCCACUUGAAAGCGCCACACUCAAAAACCACUCCUCAUCCAUUAGCCACGCUCCGCAAUGCGCUUCACGACCAUCGCAGCCCUUGCAGCUGCCACGACCGUCUACGCACAGGACCAGUCCUCAGCUGUCGAGUCUAGUGCGCCCUCGCCAUCUAGUGCAGGGUCGGGCCCGGCCUCUGUCUCUCCACCUCCCACUCCCGUCCAGUCUUCCCUCGGCGCCACCGCCUCCUCCGCUGGCAAUGGCACCAGCCCGUCAUCCGGCUCCGGUGCCGGCGGUGUCGGUGCUCUCAGCAUUCUUCGGAACCUCUCCCCCCAGUGCCAGCAGGGCGUAAUCGGCCUCUUCCUGGGUGGCGAAUCCGCAAAGUGCCUGCAGGCCUCCACCCUCUUGCAGGCUCUAAGUGGCCAGGUUCCCUCCGGUGCGGGGCCGCGCCCCGGUGUCUCCGGCACGGCCAUUGCUGCGACCUCCAAGGCUUCGACGGCGCUCAUGUUCACGAGCUCCGGCCCCGUGCGCCGUCAGGAAGCCGUGACCUCAGCGGCCAGCGUUCUCAGCUCCGCCGUGAACUCCGCGAGCAACGUGGUUGUUACGGCCUCCCCCGUCAUCUCGUCGAGUGCCGUUCCUGAAGGAACCGCACCCGCCGGUUCGCGCCCCACUGGCAACGCCAACUCAAUCAUUCCCGGCCUUGAGGUCUACCUUCAGCAGGCGUGCGCGGCCCCUGGAUGCUCCAACUCCACUAUCACCCAGAUCGCUGAGACUGUUCUGAACUCGUGCCAGGUCGACCUCCAGGGCGCCGGCAUCAGCAACGAGACGGUGCAGAUUAUUGCCCAGCUCUACCCGGCCGCUCGUGAGGCGGCUUGCCUCCAGACCACUGAGGCGCCGAUCUACGACCCGACGGCCUUCGCUCCGUACCAGGAGGGCGGCGCCAACGGCACCUCUGGCUCCGGCACCGCGUCUUCUGCGAUUCCCAGCGCUGCCACCUCCGGCCCUGUCAGCGCCUCGUCCAUGGCUUCCCCCUCGGCCUCCAUGAUGAAGCGCCAGGAGCAGCAGGGCGCCCCUCCUGAAGGUGCUGCUGCCGUCCCGAGCGUCACUGCCUCGACGUCAGCUAGCCCCAUGGGUGCCAACGCUACCGCCCCCGCCCCCACUGGCCCCAUGAACGGCACCGCUGGCACCAACUCAACCAUCCCCGCCGGUAACUCCACUGCGAACAGCACUUUCUGCGCCACCUCGCUCCUCAAGGGCCUCGAGGAGUGGCACGGCAAGAACCUGACCGUCACCGACGUCCUCCAGCUCGUGUUCAACUCGACUGAGCGCGCCAAGCUUAGCACCUACCCCGCCGCCAACCUCUGCAACGAGUGCGUGUACGCCGCCGUGUCCAUCGCCGAGACCGGCGCCCCCUGGCUCCUCGAGCAGGAGGUUGCGCCCGACACCUCUUUUGAGGCUUGGUACGCUGCCACCUGCCCCGCCGCCAACGCCUCCAUCUCGGCCAACGGCACCCUCCCCAACGGCGUGAUGCCCACCGCAAAGAACAGCACCUUCGGCUUCCCCCUCACCUACACCAACACUACCGGCCAGGAGACCACCACCACCCCCAACGCGACCGUCACCCCCAUCGGCCAGUCGGCGAAUGGCACUGGCAACGGCACCGCGUCUGCCUGGCCCUGGCCUGAGUCGAGCGGCAACGCCACCGCGCCCCUGCCCACCGGUCCCGUGAAUGGCACUGCGCCCACCCCUUCGGUAUCCGACGCUGCCCCAUCUGGCGCUGCUUCUUCGGACGCCGCCGCUCCUGAGCCCACCGCCGACGGCGAGACCGCUCCCGCGGCUGAGUCCUCGGCGGCCCCGGCUCGCCGCCACCUCCGCUUCGCCCGCGAGUACUAGAUGAAUCUUAUGUAUGUAGGCCCAAUAGACUAGAGGGCAUUCAAUGAAAUUCAAGU